AUGUCUCUUUCUUUUUCUAACAUUCCAGUAUGUAUUUAUAUGACUAAGAUGAAAGAAAAGUUAUCGUUUGUAACAAAAGAUCACCUCUUAAAAAUCAUCAGAAUUUAUCUCAAUGCUAACCAUAUCUAGUUUACACAACUUGGUGAAAACUUCAGUCUUGAUCGUAUUAAAAACAAUGUUGGACAAUUAAAGUCAUCGAUAUCCAAACUCCGUCCGCCACAAGAAUUCUUUGAUUUCAGAAGACUUUCGAAACCAGCCAACUUCGGUGAAGUGCAAAGCCGUGUAUCCUACAACUUAGGAUACUUUUCAGCAAACUACUUAGCCGUGGUGUCUAUAUUGAGUAUCUAUGCAUUAGUUACCAACUUGUUAUUGUUGUUUGUUAUUCUUUUCUUAGGUGGUGGUUUAUUUGCUAUUAACAAAUUACAAGGCGAAGACUUAGUCUUGCCAGUUGGUAGAUUUAACACCUCCCAAUUAUAUACGGGUUUGAUGAUUGUUGCCGUCCCAUUAGGAUUUCUUGCUAGUCCUAUUUCCACCAUGAUGUGGUUGAUUGGUUCGUCAGGUGUUUCUGUAUUGUCCCACGCUUCCUUCAUGGAAAAGCCAAUCGAAACCGUUUUCGAAGACCAAGUUUAG